AUUAGAUUGGAAUAAUUUUUAUUCACAUAUUUCUUUAUAAUCACAGUGAAGAGAUGACCCAGCGGGGCGUUGGCAGAGGGGGUAGAGGAAGAGGGGUUAGAGGAAGAGGGGGUAGAGGAAGAGGGGGUAGAGGAAGAGGGGGUGGCAGAUGGAGGGGCGGUGAAGGAGCAAGUGGCGGAAGAGGGGGUGAUGGGGAAAAUGAAGAAACAGGCGGUGAAAGGGGAUUUAUCCCCUUUCACCGGUUUAAAUUUUUGCAAAGAAAAAAGAGGAUAGCCCCCUACAGAAGAUGGCUGCCAUUUGAAGAUUUUAUAAAGCGCAGGAGGGCAGCAGAGGUAUGUAUUUAUUGGUAUUUAUAUAUUGUUCCAGUUUUACUCCUUUUUCACACAUUUAGGGAAGAGGAGAGGAGGCGAUCCCGAAGAGGAGAGGAGGUGAUCCCGAAGUUGUUCCGGCGGCCGAGGUCGUCGCGGUGGCCGAGGUUGUUCCGGCGGCCGAGGUUGUUCCGGCGGCCGAGGUUGUUCCGGCGGCCGAGGUUGUUCCGGCGGCCGAGGUUGUUCCGGCGGCCGAGGUUGUUCCGGCGGCCGAGGUUGUUCCGGCGGCCGAGGUUGUUCCGGCGGCCGAGGUUGUUCCGGCGGCCGAGGUUGUUCCGGCGGCCGAGGUUGUUCUGGCGGCCGAGGUUGUUCCGGCGGCCGAGGUUGUCGCGGCGGUCGAAGUUGUUCCGGUGGCCGAAUAAUAAAUUUUAUAUAACAUUUUUGCAUUCAUUUUUAUGUUGUAGAAAACUAGAACAGUAUAUUUAAAUGUUAGUUUAAAAAUCAAAUUGUCAGCUGUUCCACCACGCACCCAUGAGGUCGCAUUGUAUGCGUGAUCGUUAGGUUUUCACAGCAUAA